UUAGGAAAGAAGGAUUGUCUCCACUGACUAAAAUAUGGUUAGUGGUCAUCAAAUUAUAGUAGACGAAAAAAUAUAUAGUAGACGAAAACAGUCAUUGCUGACCAGCCGUUCUAACCUCACCACCUUCCCGUUUGUGAAGAUGGUCCCUGUUAUGGACUUUGCUCGUCUUUUUUUUGUUUGACUUUUUUGUUUAAUGGAUUAUUACUUACAGUAUCACAUACAUCGUGCACAACUUCAUUUUGAAUUAGAGGAUAAAGUAUUACAUGCAUAUUUAUUCAGUGAAAAAAAAAAGUUUUUUCCGCAUCCCUGCCCUGGACUCGGUGACUCGGGGUUGCGGUUCAUUCGACGGCCGGCGAGAAUGGCGGCUAUGAGUAGUGGAGAUAAAAGAAGUGGAUUGGGUCGUGGCGCAAUACUUCAACAAGCCUCUAAUCAACCUAAACCUGGUGUAGCUCACCACUACAAGCCUGUGAGUGUGGAGGGAGGGCUGCCAGGCGCUCCACCAGCCAUUCCAGGGGAGUGUGCUGUGCAUCACUCCUGGCGGUACCUCUCCAAUGCACCUGUAGCUUACCAGAUGCAGCAGAUGCUGGAUGCCAAGGAGGGUCAGUCAGAUACAUUGUUGUCAUUUACACAACACACCACCACUACUGCUGCUUAUGCCACUGCUCCCACCACUACUGACCUUCCUGAAAAGGCACCACUGAAUGUAGUACAUGGAGGUGGUGCUAGUUCAACCAAGGACAAUAAUGGUGGAAAUGGUCUGUGGGAGCCAUGGUGCCCAGACCCAUACUUCUGCCCACCACCUAAUGUUGCCUCACCUACUGAGUUCCCUCAGCUUGAGCGUGGUGGUCCUGCCUUCAGAAAGAAAAUGUAAAUGAUAGAAGUUGUCCAAAUAUUUUCUUUUAUGACUAGUGAAUAAGACUUGCAUCCUCAUUGAAUCCAGAUACUGAAUUGCAGAUGUUAGAUUUUAAAGUUCAAGUUGUUUGAUCAGGUCUUU